GUCCUUUUGAGGAAAAAUAUAUUUUUCUGCCCUUUUUAAUAUUUCUUCUCUGGGCUAACUUUCAUCACACCCAUCUGCUGUUAUCUUGUUUAUUUGUAAUUUUCACCUAAGGUCAAAAUCCCCUCUUUGAUUGUGAUUUCUAUUCAAAGUGUAAGUUCCUGUUUCCAGAGGCAUUUUUAGGCAGUGAACAUUGAACAAACCUUCUCACACAUUUGGCAGUGCAUUGCUAUAUUUGCGUUACAGUGUUACAUUUGUGUUAAAUAGACACUCAUAUAUUGGCAUUGCAUUUCUACAAUUAUUUUUCUACAAUUUUAUAAAAGAAUAACUUUUAUUUCCUUCAACAGCUUCAGAGACUAGCAAUAAAGCCUUUUUGGGAUUGUUCACUAGAGUUCUUCGAAAUCAGAAACGCUGAGAUACAUCGGGGAUAUAAUAAUUAUGUAAAUGUAUGCGCCUUCCGACUUCCAGUUUAUAGAAACAAACGCGUGACGAGCUCUGACUAGCCCCUGCCUUCCGCAAAAUCUGUGACGUCACCGGACAGCCAGCCUCAAAGAGAUUGCAUGAUUGUUUGCAACGAGAAAACUUCAUGUACACGUGAAGUGGAGCGCAACCAACUGUGAUUUAAGAAACCUGAACAAGGGUGGCCAUAAGAUCAUUCCGCACUUGCUCUUACUAUACUACAGUUUCAGGCUUGGCUUCCUUAAUCAUAUGAAUCUAAAACGAUAGGUUCGCACGAUAAAACAACCCUAAAAUAUAUUUUGGGUAACAUUUUAACACCAUACCCGAACAAGGACACCGAGUUCGAUGAAACUUUCUCCGGGGCAAGAAGCGGCUAUAGAGACUGCAGUCGAAAAUCGUAUUAUGGUGCUACCAGUGAGGUCCCGCCACGAGGAAGGAAAAUGAGAUACUCCCGUAGCGACAGCAGAACGGUCGAGGGCAGCGCCUGGAAAGCCCUCUCCGGAGCUCCCAGCAUCCUGCUUCCGCUUUCAGGCGAAGAACUGCCUCGCAAUCCCCGGAACCGGCGGGGGGGGGGGGGAGUGAGCAGGGCGAGCAGGCGCUCCGGACCGGCUCCAGGUGGGAGUGGUUGGAUGAUGUGGAGCGCCGAUUGCUGAGGUCGGCUGCUGGCAGACGGCUCAGGCACUCCUUCCUUUUUCGCAGGUGGCUUUGCUCUCCUCCCGCGCACACCAGGAGCUGCUACUGCUGCUUCUCUUCUUCUCUGGAGGAAAAUCGCAGCAGCUUCCAGCUGGUGGAAGAAACCAGGCUCGGGUCCUUACACCCCAUAGCCAAGGCGAAAUGGCCUCUGCAAAUGACACUCGACAGAUGCCCAAGGAUGCUGCUGACCAAAACUUUGAUUAUAUGUUCAAGCUUUUAAUCAUUGGCAACAGCAGCGUAGGCAAGACAUCGUUUCUCUUCCGAUAUGCUGAUGAUUCCUUUACUUCAGACUUUGUUAGUACUGUUGGUAUCGACUUCAAGGUGAAAACUGUCUACAGGAAUGAAAAAAGAGUCAAGCUGCAGAUUUGGGACACAGCUGGCCAAGAGCGAUAUCGGACCAUCACAACAGCCUACUACAGGGGAGCAAUGGGUUUUUUACUCAUGUAUGAUAUUUCCAACCAGGAGUCUUUCAGUGCUGUACAAGACUGGGCAACUCAGAUCAAGACUUACUCCUGGGAUAAUGCUCAAGUGAUUCUGGUUGGGAACAAGUGUGACCUGGAGGAUGAUCGAGUAAUACCCACUGAAGAUGGCAAGAGACUUGCUGAUGAACUAGGUUUAGAAUUCUUUGAAGCCAGUGCCAAGGAUAAUAUCAAUGUCAAGCAGGUCUUUGAGCGCUUGGUGGACAUAAUCUGUGAGAAGAUGAAUGAGAGCCUGGAUGCAAGCUCUGGCCUGAACAGCACCAAUCACAAGAACACUGCCCUGAAGGAAACAUCAGAUUCACAGUCCAGCAAUUGUUCCUGCUAGACAGGACUUUGCCCACCACUGAGACCUGCAGUGCCUCGCUGCCCUACCUAAGUGAGGAGGAAGGUUCAGCAGAUUGCACAUCUCCUUUGACUGAUGGUUGGCGCAUCUCCCGUUUGCCUCUGCUGUACCUGUUUGGCCUCUGACAGCAUGCAUCAGUUCCCUCCUUUUCUCUGCAGCAUGAUUGGCCUUUUCUGGCAAAGGGGUAUGAUUUCUUUUGAAUAUUUGCACUUCAGUUUACACUCCCAAUGACAUGUCUUUGCAACCUAGACAAAUUAGACCUCUCUUUCAAACUGGGCACAACUUUCUCCCCAUCUCUUUUCAAUAUUCUAGCAAUUUGUCUCAUAUAUAUCUGCAUUUGCAUAAGCAUGCUUCUUCCCCACCUUGCCUUCUCCCAGUAUAAAACCUGCAUAGGUUUAACUACUCCAUGCGUUUAAUUAAGUGAGCUGCAGUUCAUAAAAGUUCAUGCCUUUUAAUAAAAUGUUUUAGUUGGAAAGGGGCGACCUUAUUCCUUCUGAUUUUCUGCCAAAUCCAGCCUUCUGCAAUUUUCUCUAUUUAAAAAAUAAAUCUCAUGGCACUUUGAAGUGCCAUGAAUGAUAUUCUCAUUCAGCCAGCCCUUAAGAACUGGAUGUAGGUGAGGGAAAAAUGUGUCAGGAAUUCUGACAGUAGUUUUUUCUCUUCAGAAUUGUUUACCCUAAGAUGGAUCAUGCUUAAUCAGAAAGCAUCCACUCAUCCAAUCUCUUGGGUGUACAGGAAUACCAAAAGUCAGGGGAGCAAGCAACCUUGCUCUUUCUGCUAUGUGUCAACCGUUUCAUUUGGCACUUUCAAGAAAAGAAAUUCCUGGCUCUUUAGAUUGACCAAGAGUGUAGCUUUAUUGAAAAAUCCAUCUAGGCAUGGCAGAAGCAAACUCAUCUGGGAUUUUCCUGCAAAACCCACAUAGAUAAUUCCCAUCUUCUCUGGGCCCACCCACAGUUCAUAGUUCACCAAUUGAGUUCAGUUCUUUUGCUUUAGGAGAAACUGCUCCGGUUAAAUAUUCUUCAUCACUCAGCCUUGGUAGAUAAUGUUUCUCCAGCAACAGAAGAUUCACUUGCAUUCCAUAGCCUCCCCUCCCUCCCCACCCUUAGGAAUUCACCACCCUCCUCUGGUCACUGUUUGGCAAACCUGCAAGUGAAAGCAGGUGCAGGUAAUUUUGGAGUUAGGUGUGACACUAUAUCAAGUGAGGCUUGCAAUGUCAUCAGAUAAGGCAGGGCUGAAAUUUAACUCCAUCAGUAGGGAAUGUUUGGAGCAGUGAAGCUUUUAAGUGGCACAGGCCUGUUUUAAGGUUCACCAAAUCUUAUGUUUAACAUAAAACAUAGAAUCAUCAGGCUGGAAGGAAUCUUGGAGGUCUUCUAAUCCAACACUCUGCUCAAGGCAGGAGCCUUAUGCCAUCCCAGUCAAAUGGUUGAUGGCUAAUCCCUUAAAAUGCCUCCCAAUUAAAAGGUGUCUAAACAUUUUGGCUGUAAAUGGGAUGCUAGAGACACACAUGCCACUUUUGGAUUGCCUAUCAAUUCAAGCAUCCAUUGCUAACUACAAAGAUAUCAAAAUGUGUGUUGUGAUAUCAUGACACAAGCUCUGCCCAUAGUAAGAGCUGGAGUUUACAUCACUAUAUAUUGGUGCAAUUUUCUGAUCACUUGCCUCCCUUUCCCCUUCUACAGGUGAGCCUUGUGUUUUUCUCUUGCCUCUCAAAUUGAAGAGACAUCCCAAAUUCCUAUUGACACAGUUCAGAAAGGCCCUUAACAAAGUGUCUCACAAAGCUUCAAAGGAACUGACAUUUGAAUCUUCCUGAAUAGUGUUUGUAAGACCGCACUGGCUAUGAAGCUUAAUUUGUGCAUUUAGUCUGUAAAAGAGUUCACACUCUUUUAGGCUCAGAUUUCUCUCCCAUCAGGCUGGCUGUUGUCUUAGAGCUUCCUUGUCUACAAUCAAGAAUCUUUAUAUUGUAUUCUUGUAGAACAUUCAGCAGAUAUUUUAUUGAGGAGAGGGAACAUAAUACAUGGACAACCAUAAUGCAUAGUUGUCACAAUUACAUGCAGUAGAAGGUGGACUUAAAUUUUGUCUGCUUCUCUGGCUCUAGUUUCAGGUCAUCAGACUUGGUGGUUUAGGGAAGAGGGGAGAAUUGCUGUUAUGUAAACUCAGCUGAAGUGAAAUAGGAUCCCACUCUGACUUUCAUACAUAUGGAAAUGCCAUUUCUAAGAUGGGUGGUGACAUAGAAAAUGAGGGCAUUGUCCAUAUUCUCUCAGAUGCAUGUUGCUUCAAACAUGCCCACUUUGUCUUGGUGCUUGGUGAUAGCAAGUAAAUGUGAACUGGCCUGAUGUAGAGAAGAUCUUUUCAAUUUAUAAAUGGCUAAUCUGUGGUAUGUAAUGAUAGGCGAACUUCCUGUAGCUACUGAAUGGAUUACUUUGAUAUGUCCAGAAUUGAGAGAUAGCUUGGCUUAUUUUAGAACCACCUGAAUUUGGAUUUCACUUCCCCCUCCAUCCCCUGAGAGAAAACCCUCUGUCCUAUCAUACAGUGUAUUCCUAGAAGCACCCUUCAACUGCCAUUUUCCAGAUUUCUUCCCAAUAUUUUGCAUCUCCAGCUUCAGAUGUUGCUCUAAGAAUGAUAUGUACUGUGUUUCCCUGAAAAUAAGACCCGGUCUUAUAUAUUUGUUUGGGUCCAAAAGAUGCAUUAGGGUUUAGUUCCAGGGAAACAUGGUAUCAGGGUGAUCAGCCUGGCCGGGUGCCCCACCCCCCAGCACACACACAAGAGGCAGCAAGGGGGUGGGGGCUGACGGUGUCCGGCAGCAGCUGCAGCUCGCUGACUCCUUGGCAGGCACACUCUGGGACUGCGCAGCCUGCGCAGUGCAGGUGAGUUGAUUAUCUGUUCAAGCAGCAGGCGGAGGCAGAGACAUAGGGGAGGAGGCAAGCAAUCCCUAUGCCUGCCUCCCCUUCAUGUCUCUGCAUGGUAACAGUGCCUUUGCACGUCGAGAUCACCUACCUUCCCCCCCCCCCGUGCCUCUGCUUGGAGGGCCGGCCCAGUGAUCACAGUGCUAGGACUCACCACUGCACAGGCUGUGGCCCCCGACCUCUCGCCACCUCCUGUGCUGGCCACGCCCCCCCCCCAAGCUGAUGACAAUUUUAACUGGCGCCUAAUUUUGGGGUAGGGCUUAUAUUAGGAGCAUGCCUAAAAAUCAAACUAGGGCUUAUUUUCUGGUUGGGUCUUACUUUGGGGGAAACACAGUAGAUGGAAGUGAAAAUAAAAUUAAUCUUAAAGCCCCCAUGACUUUUUUUCUUUCUGCAAGAGAGUAGCAUAACUACUUUUUGAAGAAUAUAAAAAUAUAGCAUACUAGACUACCCAUGAAUGCUUGGGUUAUCAUUUUAGAGAUAUUUCCUUACUAGAUUCCUCGGUGCCUUCAAUAAUAGCAGAGCUCUAAUGUACUUGAAAAAUUCUUAAAAAUUUAGGGAGAUGUUCAGAAAUAUAUCUGCCUUGAAAAAAGCCCAUGUUAAAUUAUAUGGCACAGUUAAUCCUCAGGAGCUGACUACAGGAAAUGUUUAUGGCAUUCUGUAUUAUAUCUUAAAAUGCCCUAUGAUACAUUUCCAGAUGCAUUUCUGUUUCCAAAAACUAAUUUGAUAUGGCAUUACUUGUCAGUGGAAGGGGCAACAAAAGCUUCAUCCCCUGUAUACAGGAUGAUCUGAAAGCAGGUGGGCUGAAUAAAUGUAGCAAGCAUGGAAAAGAAAUUUUAAAACAAACAGAUUAAAGAUCUGGUUUAGGUACAAUAAAAAAGAGAGCAAUAUAGAAGGAAAUUUUUUGCUUUUUUGUUUUUGAAGGUAUUCCAUCAUAAGAAAUGUAAACUUGAUAUAUGCUGGGUAUUGUUUAAUGUCAAAUUUGCAGAGCUUUGUAUUGGUGCUUUUCUAUCAACAAAUAAUUUGGAAUGUCCUGCAGUAUUAUAAAAAGUAUAAAUAAAUACUCUUAAGUUUUCUAGUAAGGAAGAAUGGAAAUAUCCAAAGAUUUACCAGGGACCUUCUAUACAAAGACAAGUUCUAUUAUUAACUAAAUUCAAAUGAAGGCUUUGCUUGGCAUUUCUUAGGGCAUUAUUCUGUUCAUCAGUGUGCAAAGAUUGUUUAACAAUACUCAAAACUGAAUUCUAUUCAUGAAACAUUCCUUGCAACUUGAAAGUUUUCAAUGUGCUGAGAUGUUCUUUAUAUUAAGUUUUCUGAUUUACUGUCAACAUUUCCAUAAAGAUUUAUAUGUGUUGUCUAUUUC